GGUCCAGGGUCCAAAGCGACCGCCGUCGCCAUGGGGAGCUGCCAUGGCCGUGCAGCUGCGAAAUGGUGGGAAGAGACCAUUGCUCCACAUGUUCUCAGCAGCCCUUGGGUUCGCUUUCCUUUCGGCAAGGUGCUGCGCGGAGCUUUCAUGGUGGCCACCUUCAUGGUAUGGUUGGAUGCCACAUUUUUGAGAUCGGGAACAGUAUCGUACCUGGACCCUUAUACUACUGACUCAAACAUACAGCCCCUUGCGCUGAUCUUGGUGUGGUAUUUUUGGGUCGCAAGUCUGUGGUUCUUUUUCCAGUCGAAUUGGGAGAGCCUCAGCGGUUCGUUGUUGUUCGCCCUGGGAGUCACAAUCAGCAUAUGGACCAUGUGUUUGCAAGAAUAUUGGGUGGCCACCAGUUUAGGCACCAACUACGUUCUAGUGCUACUGUUGAAUUGUAGUGUACAUCCCGUGACCAUCCUGCCAAACAACAUUUUCGGCGUUCUCUGGGCUAUUUAUAUGAGCACAAAAACUGAUCACAUGUUUUUUGAUCCAGUGCACUUGCCGUUGGAAGUCUAUUCCCUGAGUUCUGCAUGGAUCUGCUUUGUGGCCUUCACACGAAAUUUCACGCUUCGAGUGGAGACAUAUUUUGCUCUGAUGGAAGCGACGGAACCAACGGAGCAACAAAGAGCCACAUCGGACAGAUCGGACAUAGCUGAUCCUUUCAGAAGGUCUUUGGGGGCCUACUGCUUGGUGCUGGUGGCAGGGGUGAACAACUGGUUCUUUUGGGCUUGGGUGCUUUGGAUCAAAAAGCAGCGGGACCAAGAUGGCAGCUUUCACUACUGGAAGAAUCAUUUGCCGACAUGCACCAUGGCAGCACCCUUUCUUGGACUUGCGUGCAUUUCUUUGGUGCCUUUCUUGCGCAAAUCUUGCGCGGUCGACGUGGCAAUGGCACUGUUUGGCUGUUUGCCCGCCAUUAUGCUUUUACUUGACUGGAUUGUAGCUUUGCGAAUGGCUGAUCCUCGCGACAAUCCCAUGUUUUAUUCCUUUGCUCGAAGCUUGUUCGGUUUUGGCCUCUCCCAGCAAUUGUAUUCUCUGCAGAUGCUUCUGCACUCUGGCACUCAUCCUUUCAUUUGUUUGCCUGUGACUUUGAUUUUUGUGGGCAUCAACCUCAUCCCUUCAGCUGUUGGGACAGGCCCUGUGAUUGACCACCACUUCUGCAUUGUUCUCUCUUGCCUUCAGAUGGUGAGUUAUGCCACGGACUAUUUUACGCGCAAAGCCGCUCUGGCCGCAGCUCCACGCGAGCACGAGGAGCACAGCACAGCUGUGAAUUCCAUGCAACUCGCGCAGCUGUAAA